AUGAACUAUCCAGUCAACGACGUAUUGUUGUUGUCCUCUAUCCAAUACAAUAAUGAAGUUGCAUUCAAACAUCUCAUCAACAACACCAACAUGUCAUUGAGUCCAGUUGAUGAGGACCAAAAUCAUCAUCCAUAUAUCUUUGGUCUAAUCAUCAGAACAGGCAGUAUCCCAAUGCUCGAGGCAUUCAUUCAGAUGACUGGACAUCGCACACUACCUAAUAUCUCUGAGUUGGCUUUGCUCGAGGCUAUGGACAAAGGGGAUGAACAGUUUGUCCGUCUGAUCCUUCAAUAUACAUCCUCAGUGGACAUCGAGGAGUUUGAUCCCCAGUACGACGUCGGAAAGGUAGAAGCAGAUAUGACCCGACCCGGCAUCAGUGUCAACGUGCUCCGUGUCAUUCACGAGGAGUACAACAUCGAUCACAAGUACAUACAGGUGUGGAAGCAGGCUUUGAGAUAUUCAGUUAACCACAACAUUGUGGAGAGUGUCCGCUACAUCAUUGAGCACGAGUCAUUACGCAAUGUGGUUGGAGGCACUUCCAAAAUGCUCGUGUCUUGCUGCGAGUUGGGUCACCUCGAGUCACUCCAAACAAUCAUGGCACAUAUGCCGGUGCCAAAGAAGUUCUGGUCAUAUGGAAACCCAGCCAAGCUUGCUGCCGAGAAUGGCCAUGCAAACAUCCUGCGAUACUUGGCACAACAUCACCUCGACGAAGUCAAUAUUAAUAAUGAAUUGCUCAGUACUGCGCUUCUCAACGGACAUCUCAAUGUGGCCAAUGUCAUCUUGGACGAGUUGACCAAUAUCCCAAUACAAGAGAUCUCAGUCCUUGGUAUCAAUUGGCGACUGAUCUCUGAUCAACUCAUCAAUCGCCUGGCGAAACAUCCUCGAGUCAAUUUAGCCCAUCAAUCAGAAUAUCAGCCCGAGGCAAAGAUGUCAGACUAUGAUUCAACACAGCACAGGUUCAGCUGGGCCAUUCGCAACAAUGAUCUUCCGACUGCCAAUGCGGUGAUUGAUCAUUGCCGUCGCAAUGAAUUCAAGCUUGACAGUGACAUUAGCUUUUGGUGCAAGUACAUGUCACUGGAGAUGGGCAUGCUCAUUGCUUCUUUGAGCAGUGAUCUGUUCUACAAACUGAGACACGAGGAACUAGCUCGCAUCAUUGAGUCGAUCGGCAAACCAGAUAGCUGUCUGACUGAGCAGGUGGUGGAUAAGCUUAUUGCCAACAAGAUGGUCCAGAUGGAGUCAAACGAUGAAGAGGAAUCCUCUCGUAUCCUUGAUUUGGCUGCUGGUGUGUCCCUCUCAUUGAUGAAGCUCGUUAAGAGGUCAUUGGAAACACCAAGAUACAAUGCAGGCUGUUUGUUACAAGCGAUCAAACAAGGAUGCAAUGAUAGCAUUAUUUACCUCGCAAAGGCAAAGGGCGUCAAUCAAGGUCUCAACAUCGUUCAAGACAUCCUUAAGGGAAUCGAGACAUGCUCACUGGAGACAGCCAAAGCAAUCAUUACCCACUAUCCUCUGAGUAUUACAAAGUGCAUCACAUCAUCGGUGUCCAACCCCAACCUUGCCGUGUUUGAAUACCUGCUUGACUACAAAUCAACCAACCAUACAAGUCAACAUCUUAAGGAGUUUGUCAUACGGGCGAUGCACAGGGACAAACCACAAAUACUACGAUUGUUAAUGGAGAAGAAGGAGGUGGAGAUAUGUCUUGAGCAUAUCGAGGAAGCAGCCAAACAUAACUCAUUCAACAUGUUGGAGUACCUACUUGUGACAUGGACUGCAUCACCAUUCAGUGCCAACAGAAUGACACCAUCACAUCGAUUACGCACUGUGAACACAGCACUCAACCAUGGAUAUAUCAAUGGAUUCACAAGAGUCAUUCAUCUGUGCACCUCAAUCAUCAACGAGAUAAAUUCAAACAAGAAGAGAAAGCAACCAGAUGAUCAUUCACAAUCAGAGGAGGAGUUCAACAAGAUGGAGGUCACGACACCAUCAUCAUCACGGAUGACAUUGGCAUUCCACAUGGUGUUCAGAGACAGACGACUGGGCAUGAUCAUCAUGGGAAUGAUUAGUGAAAUCUCCAAGACGGUGGGUAUCAAAGAUCAAUGGCGCAUCAGUGGUAGAGCACUGCUGGAGAUUGAUACUUUGAAAGAGUACAUAAAGUUUGGCGCAACUGAAUGGUUCAUCAAGUCGUUCAACUCAAUCUCCAGCAUAUAUCCAUUCAACACUCGAUUACUUAUGAGUGCAAUCACACACGCACAAUCAUCAAUCCUCAAUGUCCUCCUCAACAACACCAACAUGACAAUGAUUGAUUACAAGGACAACACUCGAUCCCUGCUCAGUACCCUCAUCAGUACAGCACAACACUCACAUCCUGCUAGUUGGGACCAAUCAUUUGACACACUCAGGUCAAUCACAUGUCGACAAAAGAUCCCGCUCGUGGCGGACAACCUUCUAACUUUGAUAUCGAAUCCUGCAUUCCUCCUCAAGCUUCUCAGCUCCAUCCAACUAAUUGGCCACUCUAUACGAUCUUGUCCUCAAUAUGUAGAUAUGAAGGAUCCUAAUGCAUUGGAGUUGACCAAGAUAUUCAGAGACCAUGGUCUCUUGAAUCAUCACCAGCUGAGUAUAGUACUCCAGAAAGCCGUCUUGCACAACAACACUCAGUUGAUCGAAUAUCUCAUCGAUAUCGAAGGACGGUAUUCAGAUGGUCUACUCGGUUAUUGUGGCGAUCACAACUUGAAGUUACUCGACUGGGUACUUGACAACCUAAGGACCAGGACUGAGGAUGUACUUAAUGGAUACUACGACGUUGUGGAGAGAGGGCAAUUACAAACGGCGAAGAGGAUCUACGAGUUCACGGCCAAGCAUAUCGUUGAGGAAAUCGACAAGAUGGGUCUUUACAAAACUGCCGAUGAUCCAUUGAGAGAUGGUCAUUUGGAGUUGGCAUGCUACAUCCUUGGACUACCAUACGUAGAGAGGAGCGAAGAAGAUAGAGAGGAUGAUGAGUUUUGUAUACGGGAGGUCCAUCAAUCGAUACUGUCAGUUGACUUGUUGGAGAAGGUCAUGGCGCACCCAGAGUUGAGAUGCACAUUCGAUUACGUGUUGGCAAGCGCGAUACUCACUGGCAAGAAGGAUGUGAUCGACAUGAUGAUGGCCAACAAGACAGGUGUGUUCCAGAACAACUAUCAUUAUGCACUUGGUGCCGCUGCCACCGUUGGUAAUGUGGACAUUGCAACAAUCAUCAUAGACAAGCACUAUCAUCAUUGUUUCCCAAUCCAGUACUUGAACAAAGAUGGAAAGUUUGAUAAUUACGACAAGAACAGCGAUGGUGAUCGAUACAGCAACGAUGACACCAAAGAAUCUAUCAACAAUUGGUCAAGAAUACAUCCUGAUGUUGCUCAAGUGAUCGUUCAACAGUUUGGAACAUAUAGGUUGCCUGUCAGCUAUGAUCGCCUGAAGCUUAUCAUUGGAUCGCUUGGUGUCAAGAACAGUCAGACCACUCAAGAGUUUGUUCGUGCUGCUGUCAAAGGUUGGCUUGCCAAUCGCCAAGAGAACAACUACAAAGAUAACGUGGAGUUGUUGAAGUAUGCCGCUCAGCAAUCAUUCCAAACAUUCGAGAUGGUGGACCAAGAACUGGAGCAUGAACUAUCUGCCAAAGGCGUGUGUGCAGUAAUCAGAAUAUUCGAAUCCAAGAACGAUGUUGAGGCCAUCCAGUACGUACUAGACUAUGCCAAUGAUGAAAGAGGUAGGAUGUUGGAUAUAUUCCCAUACAUCAGAGAUGAUCCAAAUUGGCUCAAGAGUCCAGAUGUCCUGGCCAUUCUGUUGGAGUAUGAUGCGAUACCCGAGAAUCGUUCACAGUCUACCAUGGUUAAAUUGAUGGACGUUGCAUGUGAGAAUGGGCGUUUGGACAUGAUACAAUAUAUCGACCAACGAUUCAACAACAACAACAUAAUGGAGAAGAAAAGAUAUCUAAUCGUCCCCUCUGUAUACUCAAUGAUUGUGGCGGCAGGACUUAAUCAUCACCAGGUACUCAACUAUCUCUUCUGUGAUGAACAUUCAUCAUAUUGCAAAGUGAUGAUCAAACAUCCAACUCACUUCAUUCGAGUUCUCAAGAGAGUUCAAUAUCAAGCAUUCAUCAGAGGAAACAUGAAAGUGAUCCGAAUGACUGCUGAGCGUAUCAAUCAUCUCCUAAACAUUACAAUCUAA